AACCCCUUGCUCUAGGAAGAUGCAAUGAAAUCUCCUACCACGACAACCCUGUUAUUAUUGCACCUUUCCACAAUAUGUCUCACUAUCUGUUCCUCGAUGUCCGUUACUACUAGGUGGUCUAUUAAAAAAAACACCCAGUCAAGAUAUUGAUCCCUUCCUGUUCCUAAUCUCCACCCACAGAGACUCCAUAGACAAUCCCUCCAUUACUUCCCCCUUUUCUGCAGCCGUGACACUACUCUGAUCAGCAGUGCCAGGCUCCACCUCUUUUGCCUCCUUUCUGGAACAUCUAAAACGUCCCACUCUAAGUAACCAUUCCGGCCCCUGCACCAUCCAAGUCUCUGUAAUGGUCACAACUGUGUGGUGAUUUCUUUUGAAUUUAUAGUCUUUUAACAUCUUUGGACUAUUUUUACUGUGCUCAUGGUCUGUUUUUUUAAAAUCAAUUAUGCUAUUGUUUGCACUGUUGUAACUAUGUGGUUUUGGUAGUGCGAUAUUAAUACGCAGCAGCCUCUCCCCAUUCUGGAUUGGCGAUUGCCAAACGUUAUGUGGAUUUUCUGGUGUAGUCUGUUUUGUCAUAUGCUUUUGUGAUAUCAUUCUGGAGGAACGUUGUCUCAUUUUUUAACUGCAUUGCAUUUGUGGUUUCUAAAUGACAAUAAACUGAAUCUGAACAUCACAGCUCCAAGUACUGAUCCACGCUCUAAGCUCAUCCGGUUUUUUCAUGAUACUUCUUGCAUUAAAAUAGACACAUCUGAGUGUAUCCCUCCUCUAACACCUGCCUAUCCUGCCUUUCACACUGUCGACAAGCUUUCCCGAUGAAUCUAUAAAUGCAAAGAGCUUCAGUACACACCGCUAAGAUUUAUGCCAAAUAUUAAAAGACUUGGUCUGCAAAGCGGAAUAAAUAAAUCUUUUUGUUCCCGGCCCAUACUCCAGCGACCGAAUACGACAGGUUUCGAGAAGUUCAAACACAGGCCACCACACCAAGAAAGCAGCAAGAUGUACUGCUCCUGGGGGAGUGACCUGAGCAAGGAGGGAAUCUUUGCGGCCAGAUCUCAACUCCAGGUCCCGGUCGCGAACAGCGACAGGCCGUGCCCGGGGCCUGCCAAUCACUAAAAACAACGCAGGCGCACUACAGCCCGCCAGCCCGCCGGUGCCGCCCCGGUACCUGCUGUUUAUCCGCGAUCACGUUCUCCGCCAGCAGCUCCACCUCGGUCAGCAUCUCCCACAAAGAGGAAAAACGACAACAAUGAGGGAAAUUCUGCACAUCCAGGCUGGACAAUGCGGGAACCAGAUCGGAGCCAAGUUUUGGGAGGUGAUCAGUGAUGAACAUGGAAUUGAUCCUUCUGGAAGCGCUUGUGGAGGGAGUGACAUACACCUGGAAAGGAUCAAUGUAUACUACAAUGAAGCAGCUGGUGACAAAUAUGUUCCCCGUGCGAUUCUGGUGGACUUGGAACCUGGUACCAUGGAUUCCGUCAGAUCUGGUCCAUAUGGACAGAUAUUUAGACCAGAUAACUUUGUAUUUGGUCAAAGUGGAGCUGGAAAUAACUGGGCCAAGGGUCACUACACAGAAGGAGCGGAACUGGUAGACGCAGUACUUGAUGCUGUAAGGAAGGAGUCGGAGAGUUGUGACUGUUUACAGGGAUUCCAACUCACUCACUCUCUGGGUGGUGGUACUGGCUCAGGAAUGGGCACCCUCCUCAUCAGCAAGAUCCGUGAGGAAUACCCUGACCGUAUCAUGAAUACCUUCAGUGUCAUGCCCUCUCCUAAAGUUUCAGACACAGUAGUGGAGCCAUACAAUGCUACCCUCUCUGUGCACCAGCUGGUAGAGAAUACAGACGAGACCUACUGCAUUGACAAUGAAGCCCUUUAUGAUAUCUGCUUUCGCACCAUGAAGUUGACCACUCCCACUUAUGGAGAUCUCAAUCACUUGGUUUCCGCCACCAUGAGCGGAGUCACCACCUGCCUUCGCUUCCCUGGACAACUCAAUGCUGACCUUCGCAAGCUUGCAGUUAAUAUGGUGCCCUUCCCUCGGUUACAUUUCUUUAUGCCAGGCUUCGCCCCACUUACCAGCCGUGGUAGCCAGAAUUAUAGAGCACUGACGGUGCCAGAGCUUACUCAGCAAAUGUUUGAUGCUAAAAACAUGAUGGCAGCGUGCGACCCGAGGCACGGACGUUACUUGACUGUUGCUGCCAUCUUCCGAGGCCGAAUGUCCAUGAAGGAAGUGGAUGAGCAGAUGCUCAAUGUCCAGAACAAGAACAGCAGCUACUUCGUGGAGUGGAUUCCCAACAACGUUAAAACAGCUGUCUGCGACAUCCCACCAAGGAACCUCAAGAUGUCCUCCACCUUCAUUGGCAAUAGCACCGCUAUCCAGGAGUUGUUCAAACGCAUUUCGGAUCAGUUCACUGCCAUGUUCCGCAGGAAGGCCUUCUUGCACUGGUACACAGGCGAGGGCAUGGAUGAGAUGGAGUUCACCGAGGCCGAAAGCAACAUGAAUGACCUGGUAUCUGAGUACCAACAGUACCAGGAUGCCACUGCAGAUGAGCAGGAAGAGUUUGAAGAAGAAGAAGGUGAAAAUGAUGAAGCAUAAAUUGAAAGGAAUCUUUAAGAAGCUGCAACAGAAGGUUGCCAAGCAAGUCAUUUUUCUGAAUCGGUGUUGAAUUCUGCGUAAUUUGCCAACCUUUUAAUCCAGAUACUGUGAUAUUGACAGUACUGUGAAAAUUGGAUCUCUUUUGAAGAUUGUAUGUGUGUUUGUGUGUACGCGUGUGAUUUAACAUGUUCUGUAGUUCUAAAUCGGUAUUGCCCCAUUAUGCUAAAUUAUUAAACCAAGACUUUCCAAAAAGUAUUGCCUCCUUCAUGAACUAGCCUGAAACACUUCUGAAGCUAUCUUAACUUUUUUUUAUGUCUAAUAGAUUUUAGAGUAUUACAUGUAUGAUUUUAAAUAUAAAUUUAACCUUUUUCAGCUUUGGUGCUGACAUUAUGGCCUUAUGCACUCUUCCAGAUUUUACAGUAAAACAACUUCCCAAAAGUGGGAACAAUGUUGUCAACUGGAAAAAGGUCAGGGUGAGCUUUGCUCAAUAUUUGUUAUAAAGAAAGACAGGGGCAUUAAAAAAAACACUCCUGCAGAGUCUUUAAAAAUAUCAUACACUUUUUUUACUGAGAUAAUGUGAGAAUACUAAACUGGGGCACUCAGGCUUUGAAGUAGUCAAGAGUUUGUUUAUAAUGAAACUAUUUAAUAGGCAUAAUUUUUCCUAGAGGUGUAGUACCAUGAACUGUUUAUUAGUGUGUAUCGCGGUCUGGUAGUGUUGCAUUGACUGAAAUGCAGAAAUGGGCCCAUGAAAGGUGAUUUUCACUUCUGUGAAUUGCUCGGCCUCAGCAGGCAAACAUGGCUCUUUUUGAAUUUGGUCAUUCUCUGUAUUGCAUGCAAAUCUAACUUUGUCUUUCUGCCAUGCUAAUAAAUCAGUAAAAUACUCUUUUCCUGUUUUUAUUUCAUCCAAUAACUGAUUACAGCUGAAAACUGCAACCACACAUUACUCUUGCCAAGUCUAAAGCUAAAUGGAGGAAGAAUGGAGAAGUGGCGAGAGAUGGGAUUGCAUUUGUUACGUUUUGCAGCAAAUGAGAAUCGGGAAUUAUGAAUCCCCGUAUCAUACGUCCCAGCAAAUAAAAACAAAUUGUUCACGAUUCCUCCCCACAUGCACACAAACACAGAAGAAUUAAAUUUCUUUGCUAAUCUUCACCAGCCUUAUAUUAACUACACUCUAAAACUGGACUCAUCAUGGCCAUCUAAACAGAGUGCAAAAGCAGCAGGCACAGGAACAACAUGAAAACUGAGGGGCAAAAGUAAUAUAUAAUUUUCUUUUGAUGAAUUAUGUUUCAUUUUUAAUUGCUUUAUGCAUUUUAAUUUUUAUACAUUAAUCACUUUACUUUUCAAUAGGUUUUAAACAUUGGCACAUUUAACAGCUGAUUAAUCCAGGGAAUGUGGCUUAGCUGGUAGUCAUUUUUUUUUCAGUAAUUUCAGAGGCAGGGUUUAUUCUAUUCAUUAAUUGCACCUCCCUUCACCCCAGUGACAGUAUUAAUGUGUACUGCUAUGUAAAGACUGAUUUAUACUUCUGCGUCGAAUCUACGCCGUAGGUACGGCAUAGCUGCGUACCCUAUGCUGUAGCCUAACGCGCAUCUCUCCAAAAAUGUAACCACGCGUUGCAGCGACGCAGACCACAACAACUGUGAUUGGUCCGCUUGGUAGCAUCGCAUUUCCUCCUAUGCAUUUCCGGUUGCUUCUUCACCAUUUUCAAAUUGAGAGAGAAGAAGAACGUGAUUUGGAAAAUGGACCAAACCAAGGAGAGGUUAAUUGAGUCCGAAAAUAUGUACAUUUGUAGGACUCUUCGUCGUCAUACUAUAAAGACUGCCAAGUGGCAUUAAAUUUGUGGAAAGAAAUUUCCACAAACAUCAGUUUGGAUGUCACGGAAUGAACAAAGAAAUGGAAAAACUUGAGGGACAAGUAUGUGCAUGUCCAGAAAAGACUCGCAAGAAGAGCAGGGACCCAGGCAUAAAAAAGUGCCUGCGUUUUAUUUGCUUCUUUCCUGGCUGGCGCCACAUAUUAAGCACCGGGAAACAAAGUCAAAUUAUGACGACAACAAGGAUGGAAAUGAUUCGACCUCAGGGCUGUCCACCACUUCAGUUGCUGAGGAAAACCAGCCGCCCGACAUUCCAUUUUCACGUGCAGAAUCAUCAAGUAGUGAGACAUCUCCUCUGUCCCCCACCCAAGG